UUUGCUGCGUGCUCUGCAGCCAUUUUGUGAACCUGCAGAGAGGUGUGAGGAGGUGCAGAGCUAGCAAUUUGGUUGUUUGCUGUGGAUAUCGUUUGGACACCCCAGCAGGCUUUAUUCCAGGACAGUCAGGAGGAUUCCUGUUACCCGGAGGAGAGCCAUUUUAGGAGCUUUUACUACAUUUGUAGAGAUGUCAAAGGACAAGCAGACCCGAUCCGCCCCUUCCCCCACCCCCUCGGAUCUAUCCCUUCAUAGCAACGAGGAGUGGGAGCCAACCCAGGAGGCGGAUACGACCGCCCAGGCAUGUAGUGACCAGCCGCGGUCGUCAAGGGCCCAUGAGAAGUCCAAGAAAAAGCCUAGUAGAAAGGCAAGAAGCCAGCCAGAGGAGCAGUCGGAGGAGGAAGCCUCUGGUGAAGAUGCAGGACAGAAAAAGGUGCGUGGACCCAGAUACACUGAGGCGGAAAACUGUACCCUAGUGGAUUGCGUCGACAGGUCCUACGACGUUUUGUAUGGACCAAGGGCACAGACAACAGCAGCUAGGACAAAGCGAAGCAUCUGGGAAUCCAUUGCGAGUCAAGUCACUGCAAUAUCUGGAAACCGCCGGAGCACCAGAAAUUGCUUGAAGCGGUACAGUGAUUGCCGCAGACAGACCAAGAAGAAGAUGGGGAUUCAGCGCCGACAUGAGACAGCUACGGGAGGUGGCCCGGCUCUCAACCUGAAGUGGCUACCCUGGGAGGAUGUUAUUAGAAGGCGCAUGAACCCUGCCAUGGUCGAAGGAGUUCGCGGAGGUGUGGACUCUAGCCGUCCUGCUGGCUUUCCCGAGGAGGAAGAACCGCCCAGAAGACGGAAGAAGGCGGGAGAUAAGCCGUCCAAAAGGAGGUCUGAUGACAGGCCUGCCCAGAGGACAUCACCUGCGCACAGGACAUCGCCAGCGCACGGACCGUCACCUGUGCAGCAGGCAUCGGCAGCAGCGCGCGGACCAUCAACUGCGCCGCAAGCAUCGCGAGCACACAGAUCGUCACCUGUGCGCCACAGUUCGUCAUCGCGCAGUUUGUCACCUGUGCACCAGACGACGUCGGCGCACAGACUCUCACCUGUGCGCCAGACACCGUCGGCGACCACACCACAAGAUGGGCGCCAAACUACAGCUCCUGCGCGCAGGCCAUCACCAGAUCGUCGUCUCUCCAGGAGCUCUGGGACUGUGACUGAAGAGCCUCAAGACACAACCCUUGUGGACCCAUCACCCGAUCUGUUUGAGUCUACAGGGUUAACAGACGAAACUUUUCUUGGGUUUGAGGACAGCCGUGCAGACGUAUCCAGCCAGACCCUUGAAAAGUCUUCCGAAACGAGGACAAGUGGAGCUCCUGGAGCAGCGGCAUCACAGGAUGGAGAAGUGGUGCCACGAACCAGCAGCGGACUAGCUUCGGGGAUUGGUUCCUACUUCAGGCCGGAUCUCCUACAGGAGUCGUCAGAGGAUGACGAGGUGGAAGUGCAGGAGGCUCCAGUUACUACAUCCCUGCAUGAGUAAAUUGAAUUGUGAGCC